UUUAUUUAAACGAGGGUGAUACCCUAGAAUCUAGAUAAACAAUAUCCGCUGCCACGGGAGGAGGCAUCGGCCGGAUGAAUUGAUUAGCAUUUUGCUGAAUUCUGGAAGAGUGAAGGAUGAGGGCAUUCUCUCCUUGCCCACUUCUUGCUUUUCCUGCUCUAUCUGCAACAGCUUCCUUGGCCGCCAUGAAAGUUAGUUCCAACGCUCAGCUUCCCGUCCUUCACCAUGACAGCCCUUUCGUUCAAGAGGUUGUCCAAGCAGUCGAUGCACUACACUCGGAGUUCAGAGCUGUGGAUAACUUGGUGGCACGUAACUCCUUUCGUGUUCUCAAAGCUUUUCAGAAUGCUCGAGUUGGAUCUCAUUAUGCAGUUGCUAAUAGUAAUGCUUAUAACCAGCAUUUUAGUGGAUCUACUGGCUAUGGCCAUGAUGAAGCUGGAGGACGAGAAGCACUGGAUCAAGCUUUUGCUGAGAUAGUGGGAGCUGAAUCUGCAAUCGUCCGGUCCCAGUUUUUCUCGGGGACCCAUGCCAUCACUUGUGCUUUGUUUGCAUUUCUGAGGCCAGGUGACGAGCUUUUGGCAGUUGCUGGAGCGCCUUAUGACACAUUAGAGGAAGUCAUUGGAAAGAGGGAUUCUCAUGGCAUGGGUUCACUGAAGGAUUUUGGAGUGACAUACAGAGAGCUUCCUCUUGCUGAAAAUGGUGGCCUUGACUGGGAUGCACUUGAGUGUGCUGUGAAACCUCACACAAGAUGUGCACUAAUACAGAGAUCUUGUGGCUAUUCAUGGCGACAAAGUUUAAGUGUGAAUGAUAUAGGGAGGGCCAUUAAGAUGAUAAAGAUACAGAAUCCUAACUGCUUGGUUAUGGUUGAUAAUUGCUAUGGUGAAUUUGUUGAAGGAAUUGAACCUCCAAUGGUGGGUGCUGAUUUGAUGGCGGGUAGCUUGAUUAAAAAUCCUGGUGGGACCAUAGCUCCAUGUGGUGGAUAUGUUGCAGGGAAGCGGAUCUGGGUAGAAGCAGCUGCAGCUCGUCUCUCGGCUCCAGGGCUUGGAACUGACUGUGGCUCAACACCGGGGGACAUAAUGCGAGCUUAUUUUCAGGGCUUAUACCUUUCCCCUCAAAUGGUUGGUGAAGCAAUCAAGGGAACCUUUCUAAUUGCUGAAGUCAUGGCAUCAAAAGGAUUUAAAGUGCAGCCUCUACCACGUGCCAGUCGACAUGAUACAGUUCAAGCUGUGCAGCUGGGGAACCGUGAGAGUCUCCUUGCAUUCUGUGAGGCUGUGCAGAGAAGCUCACCGGUUGGCUCAUUCACCAAACCAGUUGCUGGUUCAACACCUGGAUAUGCAUCAGAGGUGAUUUUUGCUGACGGGACUUUCAUUGAUGGGAGUACAAGUGAAUUGUCAUGCGAUGGACCUCUAAGAGAACCAUUUGCUGUAUAUUGCCAGGGUGGGACUCACUGGACCCAAUGGGGCAUAGUUCUAGGUGAGGUCUUGAAACACAUUUGAUAUCAAUCCUGAGCUUCUGAUCAAUCAGUUCUUCGACAAAACCGCCAAGGGUAUGAAGUCCGCGCUUUGCAUUGGAGAUCAGUACAUUCUGCGGACUGCUGCAGAGUUUUGGGCAGCUUCCACAGCUGAGCAUGCAAUCUGUAGCAGCGGUUAACAGUCACCAUAUGUGGUAAUCAGUUCUUCCCAUUCUGGUGUGUUAUGCUUACCCACCCCGAGUUCAUACUCGGCCUUCACUUUGAGAACUGUGAAUGGAUGUGCCUUUUCAAAACUGUGCAGAUUGACAUCGUCAGUGAUCGAUGAUCUCUCUUUUUCUGCUACCAUGGCUGCUUUAGCUUUGAAGUUUACCAGGCCAUUCUUUCUAUUACCAAGGAUCACUUAGUCAGCCUUUUGGUUUGCUAGGGUCUUUAGGAUGUAGUUGCAUAGUAAAUCUACUCCUGUUGAGGAAUGCUUUUCAAAUUGUGUAAACUUCUGUUAUGAUUAUUGUUAGUAGGAGUUAAUGCCAAUUCUGGUC